GAAGACCAAAGACUUGCUGGAAAUGGUGAAAAAGCUGCAGAAAGAAGGAAGCCUGGAGCCACAGAUUGAAGACCUGAUUAACCGGAUUCAUGAGCUUCAGCAAGCGAAGGAGAAAUCCAGCGAGGAACUGGGAGAAGCCCAAGCUCUUUGGGAGGCCCUGCGUCAGGACCUGGACUCCUUGAGUGGAGAGAAAGUGCACCUGGAGGAGGUUCUGAGCAGAAAGCAAGAGGCACUGCGGACCCUCCAGCUGCAUUGCCAAAGGAAGGCGGAGGAGGCACAGAGGAACUACGUGUUGGCGGAGCACACAGAGCAAAUUUCUAUCCAAAACUCUCAGGUCACAGAGAGUCAAGGACCGAGGAAGCUGGGGUUGCCUAUGGAAGAACAGCUGGAGGAUUUGAUAGGCCCGCACAAGGACCUCUGGGAAUUCCACAUGCUGAAGCGGCGACUGGCCUGGGAGAUCCGUGCCCUGCAGAGCAGCCAGGAGCAGCUGCUCACCGAAGGUGGGACCUGGGCCCGGGGCGGGGGCGGGGCCGGGACGGCCCGCGGGAGCCCCGGCACCGCCCACAACGCCCCGCCCGCCCCCAGAGAGGCAGGCGCUGGCCCGGCUGGAAGACGUGGAGCGGCGGCUGCUCGCGCCGCCCGAGGCCCCCGCCGCCCGGGCGGUGAUCGGCGGGCUGAAGGCGGAGCCAGAGAAACUCGGAGGGGAGGCCCCCGCCCAGACCCAGAACACCCCAGAGGACCGGGCCGGCGCUGGAGAGGCCUGACUCCCGACCCCCGCCCCAGCAGGCCGGCCUCCAGCUCCCCAGUGAGGGCGACCUGGCGCCGCCGACGGAGCUGGUCCCGAUGCUCCACCCGGCCCCACCUUCCUUCAAGCUCGCCCGGGAAUAAAGGCCACGUUUGCGGACCGUGCUCCUCCUCCGCGGGCUCAGUCUGUGCUCCGGGGUCUUUGAGGGUAGGGGUCGGGGUCGUGCUCCGCUCCUCUCUCCGCCGGAGGGGACGGGGCGGCCAGGCAGCCUGGGCGGGGCCUCGACGGACUCCGCCCACCAGCCCCUUGGCGGGCUCGGGCCGCCUCAGCUCAGCAAAGGCUCGGGACGGCUCAGUGUCUGACUGAGUGUCAAGGCCACUCCAUUUCCAUGGCCUCAUCUCGGAUUCCUGAAUUUUACCAAGCAGGCAGCCUCCAGCAGGUUUCCUGACCCAGAGCAGAAAAAGAAAUGCUCAGAUGGCCUGGAAGCUCAAGAAGCAAAAGCUGCGGAUCCAGGACCAAGUGGACUCGCCCAGCACUUCCAGGGACAGGAGAGAACAGCAGGCAAGGAUCCAGCGCAAGUGGUGCCAACUUUCACUGAAUGAAUGAUUCAAUGCCUCUUCCUAGAUAUUGAAAUGAAGGUGCAAAAGAAAUCAAGUGAUGUUGCCAGCAACCUCCCACCCACUUUUAAGAAAACAAACGACAGUCCCUAGCUCUUGCAUAAGGGUGCUUGGCUGAGAGAAAUGGCCGAUUUCCCUCAAUCCUGGUGUCCCACUGCCCUCUGAACCCCUCUGUAGACUACUGACAUCCUCGGGAACGGGAAGAGAGAAGAGGGAAAUUCAGGAUUAUAGUAAAUGGAUGACAGCAGUUCAAGAAUCAAUUCACCCUUGGUCCCUUCCGGAGGAGGAAGGUACGGCCACCUAGGUUGUACUGAUGAUGUCACUUCAGAUGUUCCGAGCCUCAGCAUCAGUGUGACCAUCAGGAAUUGAGGCCUUAAGGUCUUACUUCAGGAAAGGUGAGGACUUCCACUUGAGACAAGCAUCACUGCAGAGUGGCUUCUGAGAGGAAAAAACAUGUUGCGGUAAAGAGAGUAUGAGUUUUGGAAUUAGCGCUAAAUUCAAAGACAGCUCUAUCAGUUACCAAAUCAUCUCAGUCAGAAGAUGGCUAACUAUUUUUGUGAAGAACAAGUGAGUAUUUUAAUUUGUUAACUGAGGUAUAGUUGAUGUACAAUAUUAUGUUAGUCUCAGGUAUACAACAGAGUGAUUCAAAAUUUAUAUAGAUUACAUUCCAUUAUGGUUAUUAUAAAAUAUUGGUUAAUCUCUUGUCUUUGUAGCUUAUUAUAUAUAUACACAUACACACAUACACAUAUCACAUAUGUGUAUACACAUAUACAUAUCACAUGUAGUAGUUUGUACCUCUUAAUGCCUCUCCCCCUUCAGUAAUCACUGGUUUGUUUGCUACAUUUUUUCUACUCCCACAUAAGUCAUAAACAAUAUUUGAUUUUCUCUGUCUGACUAAUUUCACUAAGCGUAAUACCCUCCUGGUCCACUGAUGUUGUUGCAAAUGACACAGUCUCACCCUUCCUCAUGGUUGGGGAGUAGCCCAUGUAACUAGUUCUGCAUCCUCUCACGGGUCGGGGGCACUGAGUUAGUUUGCUUCCGUGCCUUGGUUGCUGCAGACAGUGCUGCCAUGGACGCUGGGCUGCGUGUAUCUUUCUUAAUUAGCGCUUUCAUUUUCAUGGACACACGCCACAUAGGAGUUGAACCGCUGGGCCAUAAGGCAGCUUUGUUUUCAGUUUUGUGAGGAACGCCCACACUGUCUUCCACAGUGUCCCAGGUUACACUCUCACCAGCAGUAUACGGAGGCUGGCUUUCCUCCACCUCCUCACCAGCAGAUGUUCUCCGUGUUCUUUGCGACAAUAACCGUACUGAGCAGUGUCAGGCGCUAUUUCCCUGUGGCUGUGGUUUGCAUUUCUCUGAUGAUUAGCAAGGCUGAGCAUCUUUUUGUGUACCUUUUGGCCAUCUGCAUCUCAUUGGAAAAAAUGUUCAUUCAAUUCUUCUGCCUACCCCCCUUUUGACUGGGUUGUUUUUUGACACUGAGUUGUUUAUAUGUCUUGGAUAUUGUCCCCUUAUUUUUCACCAACAUUUGCAAAUAUUUUCUCCCAGUCAGUAGGCUGUCAUUUUAUUUUGUCCACAGAUUUCUUUGCCGUGAACAAGUCUUUAAGUUUAGUUAGAUACCCUUUAUUUAGUUUUGCUCUAGUUUCUCUUGCCAGAGGAGGCAGAUCCAAAGAAAAUAUUGCUCCACUUUAUGUCCAAGGAUAUUCUAUGUUUUCUUCUAGGAGUUUUAUGGUUUCUGGUCUUACAGUUCAGUCUUUAAUCCAUUUCGAGUUUAUGUUGUACAUGGGAUGAGAAAAUGUAUUCAUUUCUGGCACAGUUUUCCCAGCGCCAGUAACUGCCGAGACUAUUUUCUCCCCUGUAUACUUUCGCCUCUCUGUUGUAGAUUAAUCGCCCCUAAGUGCAUGGGUUUAAUUCUGGUGGGGUCAGGGUCAGGGAGAUGCCGCCUCCUGAAGCACACAGCCAGGUCCCGGAAUGAGUGCCAGCCCGGGGCAGGCAAGGCCGGGUCCUGGGGUCUGGCGGCUGAGUCCAGAGGGGUGGCCGGCCCUGGAGGUGGCGGCGAGGGGGCCGUUUUCUGACACAGCCGCUGCGGGGUCCAGCACGUCUCCGAGCUUGUGUGGGCCUGGUGACGAAGGGGGCUGGACCCCAGGGCGGCGGGCAGCCAAGGUGCCUCCGAGCUGGUGCAGGCCGCUGGCGGGCAGGCUGGGUCCCACCGUGGAAGGCUGGGGUCCAUCCGCUGGCGGGAGAGGCUGGGUCUGCGGCUACGGCAGGCUCACUGGGAGGCUGGGCUUGGCCUGGGGACUCCAGGCUAACGAGCUGGAGGGGGAUUACAGAAUGCUGCUUGCAGCACCAGCGUCCUUGCGUAGGAUGGGCCCCCAGAGAGUCUGAUGCCACUGUCCCUGCCCCGGGGUAUGUCCCAGCUGAUUCCUUCUCCAGAAGACUCUGCAGGAUGGGCGGGAGGUCUGCCCAGGCGCCUUUCUCAGCAUUGCUUUGCCUGAGAGCUCAAAGCGCAUCCUGGAAGAGUGGUGUGGCUGUUUCCCACGGCACUCUGGGACGCCUGAACGUGAGCUCCACUGGCCUGCAAGCCCAAACCUUCUGAGGGCUCGUCUUCCUAGUGCAGACCCCCUGCUCCUGGGGGAAAAGCUCUGCAAGUGUGGUUUUUCUCUGAAAUGUGCACUGCGACUCUGUCUGUCCCACCCACCUCAUCGUGGCUCCUUCUUCGGUCUUUAGUUGUAGAAGCUCUUUUCUGGUGAACGUGUGAGUCACUCAGUCAUGUCUGACUCUCCCUCCAGGCUCCUCUGUCCAUGGGAUUCUCCAGCAAGGAUACUGGAGUGGGCUGCCAUGCCCUCCUCCAGGGGACCUGCGUCUCCUGCAUGGCAGGCAGAUUCUUUACCAUCUGAGGCCCCAGGGUAGGUUCUGGUCUUUAAAUAGCCGUUAUUUCCGUGUGCCUGCAAACCCCUACUCUGCCAUGUGGGGAACUCCCAUCUCACAACAGUAACUAUUUUAGGCUUUAUGGGCCGUAUGACCUUGGUUGCAAUUACUCACCUCUGUACUAAAGCAGCCAUGGACAACACACACAAAUGAGGAUGGCUGUUGUCUAAUGAAAGUUUAUCCACAAAAACAGGCAGCAGUAGGGGGAGAAGAUUUGCCACUGGUAAUUAUUUGCUUUUAUCUGAUCUAAAUAAUUCUGCAUGAAUCAAUUGCCAAGUCUGUUAAAUGACUAAAACAAUUGUAGACAAUUUUAAAAGAAAUCCAAUUUCAUGGUGAGGCUGGCAGCACCUCUCAAGCCAGAGUUGUUUUUUCUGAAGAGCUAUGUAACGCCUGUUAGCUGUAACAACGCAAGGACCAACCAAACCAUAGCUUCGGAUCCCUGAGGACGUGCUGUCCUCUCAGACUCAGCAUCACAAACCAAUCCCAGCUCAUAAGCAUCACACCGAUGCCUCUAAAGUUUCUUCCAAGUCUUCUGAGGAAAAGGACACCUGGAACAUCUGAAUUUAAAACUUGUGUGUCAUUGGCUGAUCAACUGCCUAACUCUUUACCAGCCUCAUCCACAAAACAGGGACAAUAAUACCCACAAAUAAGACCACUUCCCCAGUGGCUCAGCUGAUAAAGAAUCCACCUGCAGUGCAUGAGAUACAAGAGACGUGGGUUCCAUCCCUGGGUCAAAAAGAUCCCCUGGAGGAGGAAAUGGCAAACCCACUUCAGUAUUCUUGCCUGCAAAAUCCCUAAACAGAGGAGCCUGGUGGGCUCCAGCUCAAGGGGUCACAAAGCAUGACUGAGUGAGCUUACAGCGUCAGCUCCGGGGUGAAGGGAGGAGACAGAUGCGUGUGUAGUAUGUAACACAGUGCAUGGAAAUGGUGUGACACAUGCUAGCCAUUAGUGACACUCCUCAGAAACACCAGAACCACGUGAGUCAAGACUCUUGAGCAGCAUUUCUAAAACACAGGAGGAGCUAGUGGUGGUUUUAAUAGCAGCAACAACAGUGAACAUUAGCAGUACCUUGGGACCAACUGCUUUGUAUUACUUAUUCAUUGGGAAAAAAAAGAAAAGAAAAAACCUAACUCUGCACAAUAUUAUCAUCUCAGUUUUGCAGAUGUGAAAAUGGAGGCUCACCGAUGCUGGAACCUGCCCAGGAACGCAGGUCGUUUGGACGGGUCCCUAACAGCAGCAGUUGUAAACGGAAUCUCGCUUAACUUUCACCCGCCUCAAUCUCUCCAUGCUCACCUG